AUACCUAUCAAAACUUUGUAUUGCGUUGGACUUGGAGUUUUCAUAUUACACCAGAAUUGUACAGUACACUUUGGACAAUACAACAAGCAAAGAGAUACAAAAAAUAUUAAGAGCAUUAAUUAAUGAAUAAGCUUAGCCUGUGCCAAAAAUUUAAUGUACUUUGCCUUUGCCCACUGAGAUUCAACUCAAGAGAGAAAGAAGAAGAAGAAGAAGCCAAAGUUAGAAAACUAUCUCUGCAUAUAACCGUUGCUUCAACACGCGUCUCAAAAACUCCGAGCUUUUAUUGUCUUCUUAAGUUACAGCUUGCUGAAUGUGUUAUCAGUCGCCGGCGGCAAGGUGAACCCAUGUCUCAGAAAGCUAUGGUUCCCGCCGGCACCGGCAACAGAAAUGGCGGUCAGCUGUAUCCUCAACCACUGGCUUCACAUGAGAACAUUGUUAAUGACCAAAAUCUGUUCAGGGAGUGUGUCAAGAAUUUCCACUCUGUCAUGGGAACAAAGUACACGGUUCCUGUGAUUGGAGGGAAGGAGCUAGAUUUGCAUGUUCUCUAUGUAGAGGUGACUAAAAGGGGUGGCUUUGACAAGGUUGUGGAUGAGAAGAAAUGGAGAGAAUUGAGUUCAGUAUUCAAGUUUUCUCCAACCACAACUAGUGCUUCAUAUGCACUGAGGAAACACUAUUUCACUUUGCUUCAUCGGUUUGAACAAGUUUACUUUUUUAGACGUGAAGCUCCCUUGCUUGACAAAACUCCAGCUUCACAGAGUUUCCAAGCUGAAGGGACAAUUGAUGGCAAAUUUGACUGUGGUUAUUUGGUGUCCAUCAAAAUGGGAUCUGAGGUUCUCAAUGGAGUACUUUACCAUCCAAACCAACCUGCUGCUCCCUCUUCUUCUAAACCAACUGCACAGAAUUGCACUGCAAUUGUACCUUACAAUCCACCACCUCACCACCAUUCAGGACGGAGGAACAGGAGGAGGAAGGGAGGAGAUCCUAAUCGCCCGAAACCUAAUAGGAGUGGAUACAACUUCUUCUUUGCUGAAAAACAUUCCAUGCUCAAAUCUCUCUAUCCAAGUAGAGAGAGGGAAUUCACAAAGAUGAUUGGAGAAUCUUGGAACAAUCUCUCUCCUGAAGAAAAAAUGGUCUAUCAAAACUAUGGGGUGAAAGACAAGGAAAGGUACCAGAAGGAAAUGAAGGAGUAUAAAGAAAGAAUGCAGAUCACAUCCUGCUACUAAAGGUGACUGGCAGAAGAAAAGGAGAAGCGAACGUAGUUCAUUGUGCAUGAGGAGAUCAACAUGUAAAUAUUGCAUUGCAAUGUAGUUCAAAAGUUUCGCGGAUCAAACAUUGCUCUAGCUGAUGUAAACUAGUCCAGAACUAUUUCGAAAAAUGCAGCUUUUUGCAUGUGUUUUCCUAGACGAAUCUCAUGCUUAUAAGA